GCAGACGGCUGCGUGUGUGGCGGAAGCCCGGCCCAAGAUCCGCGGCGCGGCUGGGGAAUGUGGAGAGCGGGGAUGGCUGCCGGGGAAGGCCUGGGACCGGCGCUCAGGGCAGUCCAGGAGCGGGUGCAGCAGGCGGCGGCCAGCAGGCCCAAGGGAUUGCCUGCUAUACAGCCUCGCCUCGUAGCUGUCAGUAAAACGAAGCCAGCGGAAAUGGUGAUUGAGGCCUACAACCAUGGGCAGCGCAGCUUUGGAGAAAACUAUGUCCAAGAACUUCUAGAAAAGGCAUCAGACUCCAAAAUUCUUUCUUCGUGUCCAGAGAUUAAAUGGCAUUUCAUAGGCCACCUACAGAAAAACAAUGUCAACAAACUCAUUGCGGUACCUAACCUAUUUAUGCUGGAAACGGUGGAUUCCCUAAAACUGGCGGACAGAGUGAACGGGUCUUGGCAGAAGAAGGGGUCUUUGGAGAAGCUAAAGAUCAUGGUGCAAGUGAACACCAGUGGGGAAGAUAGUAAACAUGGGCUGCCGCCUGGAGAAACCGUAACAACAGUGGCGCACAUCCUCCAGAAGUGUCCCAGCCUGGAAUUUGUGGGCUUAAUGACAAUUGGCAGCUUUGGGCACGACCUCAGUAAGGGGCCCAACCCUGACUUCCAGAUGUUGAUAUCCUUGCGCGAGGAGUUGUGCGACAAGCUCAGUCUCCCCAUUGAAAAAGUUGAGCUGAGCAUGGGGAUGUCUACAGACUUCCAGCAUGCAAUUGAAGUUGGAUCGACAAAUGUUCGGAUUGGAAGCACCAUCUUUGGAGAGCGAGACUACCCCAACAAACCUUCCAGCGACAAAGCCCCGAGGGAGAUUAAAGGCCAGCUGGAGAAUUUGACAGUGAAAGAGCACUAACAGGAGAAGGCCCUAGCGAUUCCUUCCAUGGAGGGAGGGGAAUCCUUUCUGAUAGACCUUUCUAUGCACUUGACUUUCCCUUUGGGCUGACAGCUGUGGGACACCAUCAGGUAAUCAGAGGGCGUCGCAGGCACUUCGUCACAUGUAAUUUUAAUAUUGUAUAUCCAUAGAGAUUGAAUUUUUCUAAAAAAAACAACCAGCAAAUGGAGCACCAGUGAUUGACAAGUGACUUUUGGUACCUUAGCUGAAGUGACUUUAGAUAGCUGCUCUGGAUAACCAGCUGACUUAAGCCCUACUAGGUCUGGGCAAGAAACAUUUCCAGCUCUGAACAUUACACAUUUCUAAUUGGAAACUUGGUUUCCCUGAGGUGGAAACCCCUCUUUGCGGGGGUGCCAUGGCCAUGCUCCAUUGACUAAGCCCCCCUCCACCAUCCCACUGAAAUGCUUUAUGGGUAAACUGCUGUGUCGUGUACCACCAAGCAUCCUAUCAGAGGUCGAGGUCUUAGACCCUUUCAUGACACUAAAAAGCACCUGUUCGGCAUGGGCAGUUUGCUGCUUGCUACACUGUGGAAAGAGAUGAGUCAGGGUGCACUUGCAAGCUUAAGCUACUGGCAGCUUUUGAGCCACAGGUUGGGAAGAUUUCUCUUUUUUUAGGUUGUAUUCAUCCUCCGAAGACUGCUGCUAUGAGUUUUGAUAGUCGACUGCAUAUCGCUUUCUCUCUCACAUUAUAAAAUGUCCCUUUCCCCCCUCUCCUCUGGAAAAUUGAUGGUUGGAGUAGUUCUGCUAGGUAAAAGCAGUAUGUUCUGCUAGCCAAAGCCGGGAAAUUCCCUGACUCUGCUGCUGACUUGCUGUGUGAUCUUGGCCAAGUCACUUAACCAUACUGUGCCUGUGUCCCCUAUAUGAGAAAAACGGGGCUGACCUACCUCACGUGGGAGACCGAGAGGCUGUCGUGCCUGGAAAGUUCCUUGAAAUGCACCCCCCCCCCUUCCCACACUCCCUAAACCCCACCUGCCCUGGAGGAAAGGCAAUACUGCAGAGUAGAGCAGUCUCGGACAGAAGGCCAAACUAAACCUUAACUCCAGGCAGACAUUCACACACUCGCCUGGGUGUGGGUGGGUGUGGCAGGGCAGCUUGAGCAGCGAGCCUGCAAGUAGCACAUGUGUGCAGACACGGUUACCCUGGGCAAAUGGUGAACUCCCAAAUUUUAAUGCAAAGCAUCCUUAUCCCAGAUGUUGGGUCCCAAGUGGCAGAAAGCAACGAGUUGUUUCCCCACUGUACAUAUCUUAAGGUUCAUUUAAAGCAGCCAUCACUCUUGCUUCACUAAGACCUCAUCUAAGUAUUCAUCUCUCCUCUGCAGCAUCCCCAAUCGGUGAAAAUGUUUACAGUGAAAUCUUGUUUUGUAACUCACAUGUUGACAAUCUACUUCAAGGCCCAGUCUGCUGCUACAAAUGACUUUAGUCCCCAGUAGAAAUAUACCCUCCCCACCGGUCCUCUUUUCCCUAAUAGCUUGGGAGUUUGGUGUGUCUUUGGGUUACUCCAGCGGUGUGUCUUUGGCUCAGGUACCGUAGUUCAGUGCUAGGACACGUGCUUGGCAUGCAGAAGGUGCCAGGUUAAAGCCUUGGCAUUUCCACUUAAAGCAAAAGCAAGUUAUGGAUGGAUAGCCUACCUGAGACCCUUGGAAGCUGCUGCCAAUCUUGGCUCCAGUGGGCUAGCUGAACCAGUGAUGUCACCUAAUAGAAGCCAGUUUCCUAGGCUCCUAGCAUUGGUUUUUCUCGCCCUGGACACUGAAUGUAACUGCAAAGAACAAACACCCAGCCCACUUAGUGUCCCACUACAUAGGUGCAAUGCUAAAUGCAGCCCAAACUCCUUCCCUCCCGCCCCGAGCUCCGCAGUGCAGUGUUUUCAUGUGUGUUAAGAAAUAAAACCAGUUGUGGAUCAGAAUACUGUACCAUCUGUGCCAGUUACUAAGCUAUUAAAGAUGUUAUUUUUCUUCUUCUU